AUGAUCGAGCUGUUGAGGCGAGACGAAGCGCACAUAGCUGCUCCUAUAUUCAAACAACAACACGAUGAGCAUUACAGUGAGUUUCUAUUUUUCAAAGUGCUCAAUUAUCCCGGAACCGAAUACAUAACAACGGCUGAAGAGGAAACCAGAGCUAUCAUUGUAGUAUUUAAUUCUUUGCUGAAGUCUUGGCCUUUGCUUGCCUUUACACUGAUCCUCACGGCCAUAGCUGGAAUUAUCAUCUGGGUACUUGUAAGUAUUACUCUACUCCUGAUUUUAAGGUUCUUGCAAACUUCCUACCCACACAAAUGCGAGCCAAAAAAGUUCCUUCUAUUUCUAUCUCCCUUUAAAUUAUAUUAUCCCCUGAACUCAUACAGCGUUUUUGAAGUAACUCAGUGGGUGUUCCGUAAGAGGCGUUUCUUUAAGUUCCGCAUGAAGCUAAGCCUUAAGAACCGAUGGAAAAGUAACAUCAAAAAUCAACAAGUUUAUUCGAUCUCACUAAAUAUCUAACUGCGGCUUUGCUUUGUUUGUCUGAUACAUUCAAUCUUAACAAUAACAUGCUGCAGACGCAUUUUCGAAACUAUACAAUAGUUUAGUACCCUUCGGCUCGAUGUUUGGACUGCAUUGGUGAGAUUUUGACUUACAAAAACCACUCCAAUUAUGACCAUAUCAAGAGGGUCAAUGACCGUUGAUAAUAGAUAUUUAAUAUGAUCAGUGAUUUUAAUGUACACCCGUGCGAGAACCAACAUUGCUUUGACAAAGGGCUAGCACUCGAAACUCUUUACGAAAGCUAAUUUACGUUGUCAACUCAGUUGAUGAUACUAAAUUACCUUGUUAUACUCUCCCACCGACGCAGCACCACAGUUUCUUUAGAAACUUACCCCCUUUAUUCAUUAAUCUUCUUUUAGCCAAUAACUAUAUUUGAAAUCCUAGGAUUCAUAUUGGAACAGUGAAGAGUUUUCGCGUUCAUUCUUCAGAGGCUCCUGGGAUGGUUUUUGGUGGUCUUUCAUUUCCAUGACAACCGUAGGGUGAGGAGAGCUCUAAGUAUUAGGAUUUAUCCCAAAUCUUAAUUGAGGUAUCAGUUACAUAUUGAUCAGGUGACUUUUCAUUUCUUACGAUGUAUUUCAUGCAGAUUUUCCCCUCUUCUGGCGAGGAUCGGGCAAAAUUCAUGCAUUGUACUGCUAGAGUGCUUCCCGAAAAUCUGUCACAAUGCUUCAGCUUUAGCUAAUUAGUCAGUAAAAGUAUAACCACUGACUUUAGACUUCCCAUAAUCAAUUUAGCUUAUUAAUUCACGACAGGGGAGGUCGAGCAGUUAAUCGCAUAUGCGCUCUCUGAGCUAAUGUUCUCCUACCCCCACACGCACACAAAACUGAUCACACGUUUUAUAAAAACGUAUUUUCUGUUUUUUCUUUGCUAGAUAUGGAGACAAGGCUCCAAAAUCUGUUCUGGCUCGUAUAUUCUCGGUCAUCUGGAUCCAGUUUAGCCUUAUAAUCAUGGCUGUCUUCACGGCAAAUGUAACAUCUGCAUUGACAGCUCUUUCUUUGCAUCUAGAACCAACAAGCCUUGAUGCCGUUGAUGUUAGUGCAGAUAAUUUGACAUUGCAUUACAUCAGUUAUAAUGAGCUAUAACAAGGCAUCUGUUUUAUAACCCUGCCGACUCCAAGAAACUUAUAUAGAGAAUUGUCUCUAUUUUAGUAAUUGACUAUCCAUAAAAAACAAGGACCAUGUAAAAGAAAAAAGUAGCCAAAACGGAUAACAUAAACUUCCUAUCAUAGUACGGCACUUUCUACAAAUGGGGCUCACUAGACUUAAAACAUUUAUCUGUGAUUCUUUGUAUAUGUGCUGUUCUUGGUUUUAUUACUAAAGUAUUUUCUUUGGAGUCUUUCAAGUAAGAAAAGUCAUGUGGAAUUUAAUCUGUCCAAAUUACCGUGAAUGUUAUUUUGCGCUUUAUCCUUAGGUUGCAGUGUUGAGCAAUGGAACCGAAUACCAAUAUGCGCUGGGGGAAAAUGCACGUCCGAAAGGUCAAUGGGAAAUCAAUAAAGCUAAACUAGAUAUCAGGGCUCGAAAUUAGCACUCGCAAACUCGCGAAAUGAGAGUGGUUUUUCGAAGUUGCGAGUCUAAAAAAUAUCCUCUAGCAAACAUUUGCGAGUACCGGUAUUUUUCCAGUAGAAUUUCGAUUAAAAAAUUAACGCUGAAAAUGGCUGCAUUGAAAAGUUGCUAGUUAGGUUCCUUCUUUUGCUAGUAAAAAAAAUCUUACUAGCAAAACUUUGCUAGUAGACAAAAAAGUUAAGUUCGAGCCCUGGAUAUUGACAUAUAUAAUAAACAGAAUUAUGAAGUUGUUAAUUCUUGGUAACUUUUUGAUCUCGGUAAUGAAAUAGAGAAAGAUAUUUUUUAUUUCGUCAAUAGCAAAGCAAAAAUAAACGAUUCUGAGUCCCCAUAAGGAGUAGUAUCUAAGACUCUGUGGUGAGUUAGGGGUAUAACUGGUUCAGACAAAUGCAUGUGAUGUGCGUCCUGCAUGCUGCUAGGUUCAGCAAUGUCAAAAGCGUCGUGUGCAUAAACACAAUAAGAGAGAUAAAAGAAUUUAGUCAAUGAGCAUAACAAAAAAAAAUUGUGUUCCUUUUUGUUGCCAAAUUGGAGCAAAAUUUCGAAAAACAUGAAACUUCUGCAAUCGAAAUUUUACCAAGAAAAGCACAAUUUCAAAGCUCUGGACUGCAUAUUUGCGCUGCGUUUCCAGCAUCUGCUUUAAUUUUAAAGCAUUUAUGACGAAUGCAAGAAAUAGCAUAUUUUUUACCAAAACAGGAUUAAAAACAAUAAAAAAAUUAUUUUAAGAGACGUCAUCUAUUGUUCCGUCUUCGUAGUGUUUAACAGCAUCGAUGACGCCAUUGAAGCACUGGAAUCAAAGCAAGUCAACGGAAUGUUAUUGGACCGCUACGCUGCUUCCUAUUAUCAAAGAGAUGGCUAACUGGAAUCCCUUAUAACUGUGAAGAAGUUAGAUCUACAAAGAGACAUAGGAGCGCUGUUUCAUAACAACCGAAAGGCGCUUGCCGAGUGCUUAACAAACAAUUUCCGUUUAGACAUAUGCAGAUCGGUUCAAGGCAUUACUGACUUAUACAAGGUAAUCUUUAAAGUAAAGAAAAAAGACAUAAUUUUGGCAUCAAAUUUCUGGAUUCUUUAUGUACAGUUCACCGAUUUCUCAAUACUACGAGUAGAAUCAAGUAAAGUUGAUAAUGUAAGUGGUGCUUGUGCUGUACGGUAAAGUGCGAUAUGACAAGCAAUGUUAAUAACACACGUGAAGUCAGCGGCAGCGUUGUAGUAACCGUGUGCCAAGUAAGGAAUUAACAAACGGACAAACCAACCAAAAAAUAACAACUAACCAUAAAGCAAAGGAUAUCAUAUGUUAUUUCAUGGUUUCAUUUCAUAAUUAGCUAACACAAGAAAGGCCUCCGAAAAGCUUCAAUCUCUUUGACGAAUCCUCCCCAUUCGUCAGAAAUUCCAUGUAUACAUCACUUGGAGUGUUGGCUAUUUUGCUUGUUAUUGGUAUGUCGUGGGAAGUGCUCAUUAGACUGAAAGGAAAACGAAAUGUCACCAUGCACGUGGGUGAGCGUGUUGAUCAAUUUUCUUUAAAAGUCAGCUUUAAUAUAAAUUAAUACAUACCACACAGCUGAAGAGAACUUUUCGCGCGCACGGAUUGGCUAAUUCGGAAGUGAAUAACAAGUACUCUCCACCUCCUAGAGGCAGAUGAGACAAAAUCGCGCGUCAGUAGUUUAAUGUCCGACCAUUUUUCGGUAUAUUGAAAUAAAUAACUUGUUUUUUUUAUCUUUGGGGUAUAAACUAAAUAAUUAUUCACCUCAGUGUCGUUAAAAGUGGUGGAUUUUUACCGCGCCACUUCGCCGCUAUGCAGGUAUUCGUCACUCUUCACCUCCUCUAAGGUGAAUAAUUGUUAAAAUAAAAAGUAGAGAUCAGCAAAACGGAAAUGAAGAUGGAAGGCAAGAGAUACGCUUGACCAAAAUCUUCAUCACUGUUCUUAAAGAUGAGGGCCUUUUUGGGACAGAUUGAUAGAGAUUCAAUCCUUCUGUAUUUCAAAAAAUUCUUCAAAAAACACUGAUAUGUAGAGAACUUGUAUUGAGCAUAUUCCCUAAAAAUCUGUUCAUAUUUGUAUUAAUUUCAAAUAAGGAAGAUAACUUAAGGAAAAAUGUCAUUAUGUAAAAUUAAAAAGUAAAAAGCUAAAAAUGUUUAAGAGAUUAAAUCGAUUCUAAUUAAAAACGCGAACGACGAAGGCAAAAGAAAAUAUGAUAUAACAUGAAAACUUAAAGAAUACUUUAUCAGUCGCAUUCGAGUGGAAAGCUCUCCCCCACGUCUCUGUAGUUAUACUAUGUCUCUAUAAUGAGGGUGAAUUACUGGUUUCUACUUGUUGUGAAUGCGACUGCAAAGUGAAAAACUUUGAGAAUAAAAGAGCCUAUGACGAUAAAUGCAAUUCAUGCUCUGAUCGCAGCGACUGUUGAGUACAGCGAGUAUCUUCUGGUAACUUCAAUGUUUAACAUUAUACCAUGGAACGAUAACUGCAGUUUUUAAAAUUACGAUUUUUCUUUUUCGCAGAUGAGGUCAUUAAUAAAGGAUGGGUCUCAGAAGGAGAUACAGUUCGCGCCGAACUUGAAGUAAUGCGACGGCUCCUGCGCACCACACAGGAACAGUUUGACAUACUGGAGUCCAAAGUUUUUAAAAUGAGACUGAAAUGACACUGAUCAGAAAAGCUGUUAAUCCAUGUAACAAACAGAUUCCAUGUUUCCCUACAUUUGUUCAGUAACAGAUCACAGGAGGUGCAGCCAAUUGUGUCAUGCACCGAUGUUCUAACCACAUUUUUACGUCUACUGUGAUCUUCUAUUUCACAGACCUACGGCAACAUGGAAUCUAUUUGAUUUAUAUGAUAAAAAAGCAAAAUGUUGCUAAUGCUGUCGUCGUAUAUUCGUCUAUCUUCCCAAUGUAUCAUAAAUGAGAACCAGUCAAAACGCAGGUAGUUUUCAGCUUAUAAUAUAGUGCAUUAUCAGCUUUGUUAUGAGGAUAACUGUUUAGUUAACUGAGAUAGUUUUUUCAGUAAGAAUGGCACUUCAUUUGGAAUUUUUCUGGCUUUGAUACUCAUUGGAACUAUUUGAUCAUGAGAAGGAAAGAAAAUUCACGAAAAAUCAAGGAAAAAGUUAAAUUUGGUGAGACUAUAGUUUUACGCACGUUAAGACUAGAAGGCUCAAAGUUUAAGGUUGAACUUAACAUUAAUGAACCGAAAAUAAUUUGGAAAUAUAAAUUCUUGCCUUAUCAAUAUUUCUUGAUUAUUGGUUUACUGUAAAUACAUUUUUUUGCAGUCGGCAAGGCUAAAAUAGAAAGCUCGAUACAGUAACGUGAAUGUUGAUACAAUAGGAUCGGUAUGCUAAAUCACUGAGGCAGCAAAUGAAAUUACAAUUGAUACAAAGUUUACGCAAAUCUAGAUUUAUCGGAUUUAAGUAAAACUACUCUGGGAC